AUUCUCAGUUAAUAAUGUAUCUUAUACUACUCGUAGCGGUACUUUUAAUCUUUAGUGUUAUCGAUGCGAAAGUGUACGAUAGGUGUGAACUCGCGAAAGACCUUCAAUAUGUUUACGAAUUUCCUAAAGAAGAGAUAUCUACAUGGGUGUGUAUAGUGCAACAUGAAUCUAACUUUAAUACAUCAGCAGUGAAUCGUGGUUCCGGUGACCACGGUUUAUUUCAGAUUUCUCAGUUGUUUUGGUGUUCAGUCGAUAACGUAGGUUUGGCCUGUAACGCUAACUGUGCUUCCUUCAGAGACAACGAUAUCAGCGAUGACGUUAAAUGUGUUAAGACAAUUUUUAAAGAACACUCCAGAAUAUCUGGAAAUGGUUUCAACGCUUGGACCGUCUACGGCUAUUAUUGUAAACGAGACACUAGUAAAUAUUUAGAUGGCUGUCGUGAAAUCGAAAUAGAUACAAUAGGAAAUAUUUUAACUGAGGACACUUUGGAAUUAGAUGAAGAUGGAUACCACUUUCCUACACUUCCACUCAUACCUAAAAUAUACAAUCGCUGUGAACUUGCUAAGGAAUUAAAAGAUGUUCAUCAAGUACCAACAGAAGAGUUGUCUACGUGGAUAUGUAUAGCACAUCAUGAAUCUAGUUUUAACACUUCAGCGAAUAAUAAAGGAAGUGGUGAUCAUGGUAUCUUCCAAAUUUCAGAGCUUUAUUGGUGUUCAAAGUUUAUUAAAGCAGGAGGUUGUAACGCAAAAUGUUCUCAGUUUAGAGAUACUGAUAUAACAGAUGAUAUUAGUUGUGCUAGAACAAUAUUUAAUAAACAAAAAGCCAUAACUGGUGAUGGAUUUACAGCUUGGAGUAUUUAUCCGCAAUAUUGCAAAGGAGAUACGAAGAAAUAUAUCGGUGGAUGCCCAGGAGUUGAUGAAACACUUACAAUAAAUAAACAGAGCAAAACGCUUGAUAUUUUAAAACCCGCGCUUAUUUCAAAAAUUUAUAAUAGAUGUGAAUUGGCCAGAGAGUUGAAGUAUAAACAUAAUGUUCCUGACGAACAAAUCUCCAAAUGGGUAUGUAUAGCAGAACGAGAGUCCAACUUGAAUACUUCUUCUCUAGGCAACGGAGAUCACGGUAUUUUUCAAAUAUCCGAACAAUAUUGGUGCUCUCCGUAUGGAAAAGGUUCCGGUUGUAAUGCAUUUUGUGGCGAUUUUAGAGAUCAUGAUCUCACCGAUGAUGUUGCUUGUAUUGAAAUAAUAUUUAACGAACACGUAGGAAUAUCAGGAGAUGGCUUUAAUGCUUGGGCUGUUUAUCCCUUUUAUUGUAAAGGAGAUACUUCGUUUUAUACUUCAAAUUGUUUUAAAGGAGAUGAUAAUUCGCUUAUUCUACAGUCUAAACAACAAUCCUUAUAUCCUUUUUCCCAAAGAAUUACUUCAAAAAAUAAUAUUAUAUCAAAUGUUGAAGGUGACAUAAAUCUAUCUACUAAAAUAGAAACAAACCACCGUUCUAGUACUAGUAACAAUAAAAGAUUAUACGAUAACACUUUUUCCUCAUUUACAAAUCCAGCUAAAUUUGAUGACCUGAUUACCAGCGAAAGUAUAUCAAGAUUGGUUUCCACUACUCCUGAUAUUAUAAAAUCUUCGAAUAAUUCAUAUGCAUAUUUAACCUCAAAAUCAACAGAAGAUAAAAUCAUUUUAAAACUAGAGCCUGAUUCUAAAGAUUUAUCAAAUGGAACAGAAUCUGCUAAAAGAACAUUAGGUUUAUACAGUUUAGUUAAAAAAUCAUCCUUAUCUGAUUUUUCAAACGAUUCAAUUAGAAAUACGCCAAAUUCACGGCAAACAGCUAGGCAAAUGAAUACAAGACCUAGACCAUCUAUGUCACGUAUACUAUUGGAUCCUUAUACAGGCCAACCUUUCGAGAGACAAAGACCUCAUCGUCCACCAGGUCCACCAAGACCUCCAGGACCACAGCGACCAGCAAUGCCAGGUCCAUUAAGACCACAAGGACCUGCCAGACCUCAAGCACCUUCAAGACCCCAAGUACCUCCACGACCUCCACCAGCCCGACCUUCCGGUUCACGGCCAAGACCUCCUCUACCUCCUCUUACGACGUUAAGACCUUUUAGCUGGAACAACUUACCCGGUGUGAUCUUUACUUUAUGGCCUAGCUCUACUACAGGACCUGUGUCGACUUCGGUGUAUUCUACAACCCCUAAACAAUCUUUGUAUUCUACGGAAACAACAAAAUUAACUGAAGCUACAAAAUCAGCUAAAAUGUUUGGUAUUAUUACUGAUUCUAAUACACAAACUGUUCGUGCAACAAAACGGGAACCUAAGUUAGGGGCUAUCAAUGUUCCUGGAUAUAUAUAUUCUACAACACCCGAUGGAUUUGAACUAAUUCCAAAUAAAAAAGUGUAGUAUUUAAGAAAGCGUUAAGUAGUUACUUAGAAACUAAAUAGACUGAGUUACUUUUAAUGACGUUAGUUAAUGACUUUUGCGUAUGUAUUCAAGGUGGUCCUGUGAUGGUAUCUUUUCCUCAUUUGUUGUAUGGAGAUAAGGAAUACCAGGAAACCAUUAUGGGCAUGGAAGCAAAUGCAUUGAAGCACCAGUCAUUUAUUAUUUUAGAAGAGCUAAGUGGUCUACCGUUAUACGCUGCCCAAAGGAUCCAAUUCAAUAUAUUUCUAAGGCCUGUAGACGGCAUGGAAAGCCUGGUAAACGUAAGCAAAGCCUUAAUGCCUCUACUUUGGGUAGAAGAG